AUGAUCAAAUUAUAUUUUAAGUAUAUAAACUUUAGAAUAAGGAUUUAAAUAGUAGAAAGAAGUGGGAUAUUUAAUUAUGAUUAGUUUUAAUUAUUUUGUAUAAAACAAUUAGUAUUUAAAUACAUAUUAUUAUUUGUCAUCUAGGUUUUCUAAAUAUUAUAAUAUAUUAAUUAAAUUAUGCAUAAUUUUCUGUUUGGAAAUAGACUAUCAACUUACUCUCCCUUUAGUCCUUUUGGUUCUUCUAAAAACUCUAAACCAGGCAUAAUAACAAAGAUUAAAAACAAGAUAUAAGAUUUGUUUCAACCUUCUAUCAACCCAUCAAGCACAAUUUAACGGAUACAAUGCUAUAAUGAAUUAAAUUUAGAAAAAGAACUAUCUCAUUAAUUUAAAAAUAAUCUUGUAAUUGUAGAUCAUAUUCUACCCAAUAAUCAGACUUCAAAACGCAAGUCUUUAUAUCCCUUUGAUUUAUAUUUACAGGAACUUAUUCAAAAACAAAAUUAAAUAUCUGAAGAACCCAUUAUUAACUAGGCUAUUAAACUAAAAGAUUAACAACCUUAUCUUAGCUAAACCAAGAAACAAAUGAAAUUUAAAAAAAAUCAUGCUAAAAUUCAAAAACCUAGAAAAAUGGAAGGUAAUUUUUGUUUCUAUUAACAUAUAGCCAACUCAUCAUUAAGAGACUUAGAAUUUAAUAAAAAAUCUUAGGAUUUUAAUGUUGAAUUAAAUUAAGAAAAUUCUACAAGUUUUCAAUCCAAUUAAUCAAUUAAAAAAAUCAAAUUCUAAGAAAACUGUAUUGAAACAGCUAGUCCUUCUUACAAUUAAAAAGGUUAGAAAAAGCAAUAAAUGUCUUAAAUAAAUUAAUUUGAAAUUUAAUCUUUUGCUAACAUUAAAUAAAAUUAACAAUUUAGUUGUCAAUAAUUAAAUGAUAAAAAAAAAAGAAAUUCUGAAACUUAAAAUAGAUUAUCUUGUAAAUUCAAAUAAUUUAUUUAAGAAAAUUAAUAUUUUUCAAGUUCUACUGGUACUAAUACUAAAGGAGAACCUUAAGAGGCUUUAUUCAAUAUGGAACAUAUUUCCUUUUCUUAAGAGUCAGAUUCCUCAAUAUCUGAAGAAUAAUGCUAAAUCGAAAAUGAUUCAUUUGAAAUUAAAAAUAAGCUUUUUUCUAUUUUUCAUCCUGAUCAUGAAAAAUAAAGAUUUUCAGAUGUGCAAUAGGAAUAAGAACAAAUUAAAUACUCUAAUGAACUUAAAAAUAAUUAAAAUUUAAGUUAAAAUAAAUAAUCAAUAGACAAUUUAGAAAAACAAAACAAAAUUAAUAAAUAAAGAAAUCUUAAAUUAGAUUCAGAUAUAAUCAGUUUAUAAAUUUCAUGCAUUCGUUAAAACUAAAAUGAAUCUAAUUAACAAUUUAAAGUUAUUUCUGAAAUCUAAUAAGAAUAAUAAGAAUUUAUUACAUAAGAAAAGUAAGAUAAUAAAUAAAAUGAUGAUUCUAAUAAUAAUUAUAGAUAUGAUAACAUUAUUAUAUCGAAUGCUUAAUAAUGUAUGAUAGAAAAUAAUUAAUCUAUAUAAGAAAAUAAUGAUAAACUAAAUUAAGAUGCAAUGGUUGAAUAAAGAAAUUAAAACUAAUUGUGUAAUAAAUAACUAGAUGAUAAACUUGAUAGUUCUUAAUCUUAAAAUACAUUAAUGUCGAUGAAUUAUGAAAGUCCACCAAAAGUUUCAAAAAUAAUUUAAGAGUAUGAUUAAUAAAAAGAUUUAAGCCGAAAGAAUAAUUAACUAUAAAAAUAAAAUAAUCCAUUUUUAGAUACUGGUUCUCAUAUUGAUUCUAAUUAAGUAAGUUAAUAUUUUUUGUCAGGCCUAUUAAUAGGAAAUUCAUAGUUUUUUUAACAAUAAUAACAAAAUAUUAGAAAUUAAAAUCAUACAGAUUUAUUUAAAAUGCCAACAAAUAAUUAACUUUUCAAAUUUAAUGUACUUUCUGAUAUUUAAACUUAUUAAACAUAACCUUAGAAUUUAUUUAAUGAAUAGAACAUAAUCUAAAAGAAUAAUUAAUGCUUAAUUUAUGAGUAAAUGGAAACUAUAGAUUAAAUUCCAUUAAAUGAUUAAUUUAAUUAUAGUUAACAAAAUAUUUACCAUCAACCAAUAUCAAAUUACUAUUAACCAAACUUUGAACAAAACUAUUAAUCCCAAUCUGAUGCCUUUUAGUAAUCUUAAUCAAGUAAUCCAUGGAACAGUUACCAAGCACCUCUUUAGUAAUAAAACCUUUUUCCGUAAAUGCAGUAAUCUUCAUAUCAAAUAUCAAGCAUUAACCUAUUUCAAUCAAAUUCAUCAAUACCAAAUUCCAAUUCUAAUUGCACUUAAGAAAGCAGAAUAAAUCAUAUUUAUACUAAACAGGAUGUACUUUCGUUAUUUUCAGAGACAAAUAAAAAAAAAGAUCAAAGUAAUUUAUAUAACAUACCUCUAGAUUUAUUUGUUAUUGAUUCUAUCUAAAGUAGUAAUUCAUAAUCAUAAAAUUUAAAUAAUAGCUUUAAUAAGGGAUACAGAAAAAAACAACGCAUUAAUAUUGAUUGA